AUGAUUCCUAUUUUUGUCCACGGAAAUUGGCAGACACGGAGGGACAAUGCACGUUUCUUCUCAUCAUUGAUGCCUCAGUCCCCAUGUUUGCUUCUGGACUGUAAGAAGGUGCGCGAGUCUCCGGAAGGAAAAUUCGUCAAGUACAGCUUAUUCGAUCCGACAACGGAAAAGAAAGUGUUUAGCAGUGAGAAGACAAUGCCCAAGGAGCUCCUAGGGCGACCUCUCGUGGGAGCAUCGCAAGGUUGGGUCGCUUCUCUGGAGAACAAAUACGAUACCGUGCAUCUCACGGAUCUGUACAAGCCAUGUGUCUCAUCUCCAAGAGUCAUAUCAUUGCCUCCAAUAGGGUUUAAACCCUCAGUAUAUGCCACGGAAGUGUCUCUCUCUUCUUCUGAUCCUGUCCAAGACGACUUUUCUGUGGCUGCAAAGUUCAAUGAGUAUCACAUAAGUGUAUGCAAUCCUCGUACGGACUCAGAGUGGACUCACGUCGAGACUCCUUACUCUCUUUUACCAGCCUCUGAGCUUAUGUAUUCCAAGAGAGAUAAAGUCUUCUACUUUACCAGUUUCAAGGGUCUCUACAUGGCUUCACUGGAUCUCAGCAACAACAAAGAUCUCAAGUAUAAAGACAUACGCCUACGGAACCAGCCUAAGAUCCCAGAGGCAGGCUGGGAGAUGCUGGACAAAUGUUUCAUGAGCAAGCACUUAGUGGAAUCUCCAUCUGGUGAACUUUUCUUCAUCAAGUACACACAGUGCAUUCACAAAGAGGACAAAGAUGGGAGUUUGGAAUUUAUCCACAGCGAUACUAAGCGGUUCAUGGUCUUUAGGCAAGAUGGGAUGAGCAAAGACUUUUGUUACACUGAAGAUAUUGGAGAUCUAUGCAUCUUCCUUAGCAAGAGUGAAGCCUUCUGUCUCUCGUCAAGUAUGUACGAGGGGCUCAAACCUAACUCCAUCUAUUACGUUGGUCCUAGACUUGGUUCUUACGAUCUAGCUUCUGGUACGAACAAUCCCUUCACAUUCGAUCGCUUUGGUGAACCAUCGCUUGUCAGUGCCCCAUUUUGGCUUUAUCCGACCAAUUCCAUUGCUUAA